UGCAUUCAUAUCUGUUUCUGUCCUUGGGCUUCUUUCAACAUUAUCUCCAGCUUCUAUUCGCAGCUUGAACUGGCAGUGCGGUCGUCGUCUGCUGGUAGGGCGUCGACAUUACUGUUGAUUCUAUUCGAUUCCGUCAUUCGCUUAUAACACGCCGUUCUCUUAUUUUUUUCUUCUAUCGCUCUUUGAAUCAUAGGUAUCGCAAGACUGAGGCCUUAGUUGCCAUCAUCAUUACCAUCGUCUCUAGGAAUUUGGCGUAGCCCAAAUCACUUCGCAUCAUGUUCUCCUCACUCCUCAUCAUCACGAUCUACUCCUUCUUUGCCCAAGUCGAAGCCGUCUAUCGCAUUGACAAUGCAGAUAACAUCCGUGAGUCCGCCCGCGGGCUGGCCUACGACCUCAUGCUCUUCUACGAAGGAAACAAGACGGGCCAGAUCCCCGGCAUCCUGCCCGGUCCGCCAACCGAGGGCAAGGGGGACUAUUACUGGUGGGAAGGAGGCGCAAUGAUGGGCACAUACGUCGAUUACUGGCAUCUGACGGGUGACUCGAGCUACAACUCGGUGGUGAUGGAAGGCUUGCUGCACCAGGUCGGCGAGAACGAAAAUUACAUGCCCAAGAACCACACGGCUUCCCUCGGAAACGAUGACCAGGGCUUCUGGGGUAUGUCUGCGAUGCUGGCUGCCGAGACGAAAUUCCCGAAUCCUCCUGCGGAUAAGCCGCAGUGGCUGGCUCUGGCGCAGGCAGUUUGGAAUACGCAGGCCGAUCCCAGCCGCCACGACGAGACUUGCAACGGUGGACUGAGGUGGCAGAUUCCCUUUUCCAAUGCUGGAUACAACUACAAGAACACCAUUGCCAACGGAUGCUUCUUCAACCUUGGAGCCCGACUUGCUCGGUACACAAACAACGAUACAUAUGCCAAGCACGCCGAAGAUACCUGGAACUGGCUCUGGGGAGUCAAGUACAUUGAUCAUGAAAGCUGGAUCGUAUACGACGGCGCGCAUGUCGAAAAGAACUGUACCGAUAUCAAUCCUGCCGCCUUCUCUUACAACGCAGCUGUCCUCACCCAGGGAGCCGCCUUUAUGUACAACUAUACCGAUGGCUCGGAGGUCUGGAAGCAACGCGUCGACAAGCUUCUCGAUGCCUUGUUGGAGAGGUUCUUCCCAGAUGGCAUCGCGUUUGAGGCUGCUUGCGAGCCGCGACAAGGCGCAUGCAGCACAGACAUGCUCUCCUUCAAGGGAUACGUGCACCGCUGGCUAUCCGUCGUCACGCAAAUUGCGCCUCACACACGGUCCAAGAUCCUGCCGGUGCUGCGAACGUCAACAGAGGCUGCUGUCAAGCAGUGCACGGGAGGCGAGUCAGGCCGACGCUGCGGCUUCUACUGGAGCUCCGGGAAGUUUUUCGAACCGACGACGGUCGACCAUACCAGCGGUGCCGGCGAAGCCAUGAAUGUUCUUGCAGCCGUCUCGAGUCUUCUCAUUACCGAAGCCAAUCCGCCGGUGACCAAUUCGACGGGGGGCAUUUCCAAGGGAAACCCGAACGCAGGCCAUGGGGGAGAUAAUGGAGAGGUCAAGCCGGACCCGAUUGAUGCGGGAGACAAGGCUGGAGCUGUGGUCUUGACGCUGGUGAUUAUCUGCAGCGCAACGGGCGCCUUUAUCUGGAUGAGCUUGAGUUGAAUGUCCGUUGGUCUUUUGAAUCUGGCUUGGUAUGGAGUUUGACGGCGCGAGGGCGUUGAUGGAAUCGUGAUAACGCUGUGUGAAUGCGUCUAUGGGCGGGAUAUGAUAGAAGCACAUGUAGU